AUACGUUCACUGAUGCCUCUGCAGCUCACAGACGGAGCGGCACAGGGAGAUACUACGGUCUCUGGGACCUUACAGUGCCAGUGACGUGCUGUGAUCAAUCGCGACUUCAGAUCUUUUUAAAGGAAACAAGCAGUUUUCGGCGGAAAUCACAGGAUUACUCUCUGUGGGGCUUUCUGACGGACUCCGGUCAGAGCAGGUGCAGAAAUGUGGAAGCAUAGACAGCCAGGGGUGUGGGAUUGAACACAUCAGAGAAAAGAUACCAAAGAUGAAACAAUAAAGCAGAGCUAGAUUCGAGGCCUGUGCAGACUUUCUGCAGAAGCAGUUGGGUGCACAAGCAAGCCUCGCCACCAUGACCAUGAAAGGUCUGUCCAGCAGUCGCAGUCACCACACAGUGACCUGCGAUCCAUCUUAUGACUCCAUGACGCUGGGGCAUGCCGACCGACGGACCUACAUCCUCAAACAAGGGGAUGCUCAUCCUGCUGAAAACCCCUGCUAUACCCAGCGGAGCGCCUUCCAGACUGAGUGCAGUGCCUAUCCUGACCUGACCAGUUGCACUUUCCCUCGCAGACAUUACAGUUCCCACCAUGAAUUGAAGGAUGAAUGCAGUGCCGUGGUGCCUUAUACUGGGCCUACAGGGAGCUGUAAGGGAAGUGGAGUGAACAAUAACCGUAUCCCAUCAAACUUGCUCGAGCAGUUUGAGACCCAAGCUCCAUUGAGACGUGAAGGUUACCACACACUGCAAUACAAGCAUACAGCAUUAGAGCACCAACGCAGUGACAGCCCUGGUCGAAUUCGACACCUUGUUCAUUCUGUGCAAAAGCUUUUCACCAAGUCCCACUCUCUGGAGGGGCCCUCAGGCUCUGGAGGAAGCGGGAAUGGAAAGAUGAAUGGCAGCAAAUCCAGUCCAGAUGAUCCUCCCUCAUGCUCUGGCACCCUGAAGCACAGCAAGCGCAAUAAGAGCAAAGACCGCUCCAAGUCAGAACCCAAAAUGCGUACAUCCACAUCAGGGUAUUGGAGCUCGGAUGACACGCUUGACAGAGAAGUGUGUCUCUACCAUCACCAUCAGGGGGGGGGAGUAGGUUCCAUGCCCUCAGGAGUCAUGACAAUAGGACGUCACCCGGACAAAUCCCAGUCACAAUACUUCAUGGAGUCCUACAACACCAUCAGCACCCAGUCACUCAAGACGUCGCGCAGCAACAAUGACGUGAAGUGCUCAGCAUGCUCGGGGGCCAGCAGUGGAGUUCUGCCAUUGAUGAGUGGCCUUGAUGGACCAGUCCAACUUAAGAAGAGCUCAUGGUCAUCCACGCUGACAGUGAGCAGAGCAAGGGAGGUGUACCAAAAGGCCUCCGUCAAUCUAGAUAAAGCUCUUGUCAAAGCCGAGCAGGGACGCACUUGCCAUUUCCUCCAGGUGCCUCAGGAUGACUGGAGCGGCUUUUCUCCACUGGGGAAGGAUGAUGAGAUCCCAUGCCGGCGAAUGCGCAGCGGCAGCUAUAUCAAGGCAAUGGCAGAGGAGGAUAGUGGUGACUCAGAUUGCAGCCCGAAACCCUCGCCCAAGGUCCAAGCACGGCGAGCUAGCUACCUGAAGGCCACACAGCCUUCUCUCACAGAAAUGACCACGCUCAAGAUUUCCACCGAGCACUCGCCCAAGCUGCAGAUCCGAAGUCACAGCUACCUGCGGGCAGUGAGCGAGGUUUCCAUCAACAGAAGUCUGGACAGCUUGGACCCAGCAGGACUGCUGGCCUCUCCUAAAUUCCGCUCCCGCAAUGAGAGCUACAUGAGAGCUAUGAGCACCAUCAGUCAGGUGAGUGAGGUGGAGGUUAACGGGCAGAUAGAGGCGGUUUGUGAGUCCGUCUUCAGCGAGAUGGAGUCCCAGGCAGUGGAUGCCCUGGAUCUACCCAUGCCUGGCUGCUUCCGAAUGAGGAGCCACAGCUACGUGCGUGCCAUAGAGAAGGGCUGCUCACAAGAAGAGGAAGAGGGUGUCGUAGCAUUGUGUGAAAGGACAACAGACUCCCCUCCACGCACCGCCACAACUGUCCGAACGAUCCAGAGCAGCACAGUGUCAUCAUGUAUCACCACAUACAAAAAGACUCCUCCGCCAGUUCCGCCAAGAAUGACCCCAUCCAAACCGUUCAUCUCCAUAACCGCACAGAGCAGCACUGAGUCAGCCCAGGAUGCUUACAUGGACGGAGGCCCUAGCCAGAGAGCGGGCAUCAGCUCCCAGCAAGGACUCUCCAACUCCACUGAGAGCAUUGACAGCAUGAAAGCCCUGACGGCGGCCAUUGAGGCAGCCAAUGCUCAGGUGCAUGGCCCGGUCAGCCAGCACGUCACUAACAGCACCAUCACCAUCACUGCCACGGCCACCACCUCUGUCACGGCUGAAAGCAAGGCACAGAGAGAAGCGCUUAGAAAGUGCCUCUCCAUCGGGAUUCAGGUGGACCCAGAGGAAGGAGGGCCAACAGAUGAGCAGUCUAAAUUCCAGUCAAUAGGAAUUCAGGUGGAGGAUGACCGAUGUCACCGCAGAAUGACUCGAUCCAACAGCGUGACCACAGCCGUCCAGGCAGACCUCGACGACCCCUCUGACGCCCCUGACCUCCCAUUGCGGCAUUUUGCCACCAUGCCGCACCAGCAUUCCCAUGACGCUGCCACCUCCACUGUCAGCAUCCAGGGCUCUGGGAACCACUACCAUGCCUGUGCUGCAGAUGAAUAUGGUGAGGUGGGCUUUGAUCCAUCCAUCCUACCUCCCCCGGACCCCUGGAUGGACAGCGUGCCUGAACCGGUGGCAGUGGAAAAUCUGGAGGCGGUGAGCCGUUCUGUGUGCCCUCGUGAUGGCCGCUGGUUCCUGAAGUUGCUGCAAGCUGAAACGCAACGCAUGGAGGGCUGGUGCAGACAGAUGGAGCAGGAUGAGGUGGAGAACGAGCUGUCUGAUGAUGUCCUAGGGAAGAUCCGCAGUGCAGUGGGGAGUGCCCAGCUGCUGAUGUCCCAGAGGUUUCAGCAGUUCCGGGAGCUGUGUGAGGAGAAUCUGAACCCAAAUGCACAUCCACGGCCCGUCUCGCAGGAUCUGGCGGGCUUCUGGGACAUGCUCCAGCUGUCCAUCGAGAACAUUAGCCUGAAGUUUGACGAACUCCACCAGCUCAAAGCUAACAACUGGAAACCUCUAACCCCCCCAGAAAUUCAGGAGAGAAGGAUUCCCCUCCCUGUGCCAAAGAAGCCCCUGAAGGGCCACCCACCUCUGGCAAGGGACCACUCGCUGGAGAGCUCUGAGCGCCAGCGCCUGGAGGCUCGCAAACGCCUGCUUGCUGCCAAACGUGCUGCAUCAGUGCGGCAGAGCUCAGCGACGGAGAGCGCAGACAGCAUCGAGAUCUAUAUUCCCGAAGCUCAGACCAGACUCUGAGACGCAUGGAUGCGUACGCCUACACGUCUAAUAAUCUACACUGUCUCAUAAACACUGUAGUAGCACUAAAUGGGAAGGGUAGGGGAAUAACUUGCUAUACUCACCUUUUCUGCCGAGUUUUCCAGAUCACUGUGGGCUCACUCGCCAUGGAAGUUGUCUAAACAGGGCAUGUACAUUGACACUAUUUAUUGAAUUAUUUAUAUAUCUCCCAUCGCCCUCAUUUCCCUUUUCCCAGCUUUGAUGUAGCAAUCCUGUUCAUCACCCAUAAAGGUUUGUCUAAGAGAAGCCUCUUCUAUUAAAUGGCCUAAUACUACUUGACUGAGUUGCACCUGCCUCAACUUUUUUUUUUUUUUUACUUGUCACAUUAGGAUCACAAAAUCAAAAGGUUUCACUAGUUAAUUGUUAUGCUCCACCCCAAAGUAUAGCUUUUUCAUAAAAGGAAAUGCUGCUGCUACCACUAUGUUUCACUUUGUAUUCAAAGUGAUUUGCAACUCCACAGCAUGAUGCAGCCACUACCCUGUUACGUUGUGGAAAGGUGUGUUCUACCACAUAAAGUAAACUGAAAGUAAAAAGAUACGCAGCUUAAUUUAUUUUUUACGAAUUUCCUUUAAGGAUUUUCGGAGCCAUAAAGUGUAGUUUUUUCUCAUUUCGUAGGGCACAACUAAUAGAUGUCCUUUAAAAAGAUUUUCCAACCUAAGAUGUGGAACUCUGCCUGUCCUCCAGAGCUAUUAUACAUCUGAGGCCUACAGAACAGUGAUCAGGUAUCCGUGUAAUUAGAGAUAAAUGCAAAAGCACACCACACUUUUUAUAUUUCUAAGUGUAAAAUAUUUGGAAAACAGUGUAUCCUGUUCCACUCAGCAUAUUAUCAUAUAAAACUAGAGGUUUGUGGUUGCAAUGUGACAUGGGUGAAAAAAAAAGUUCAAGGCAUGUGAAUACUUUUGAAAAAUGGUGUGUUUGACAAAAUCAGAUGACACUUUAAGUGUCAUUGGGAGAAAAAAAAAGACAUUUUAGGUCGAGAGGUUGGAACUGUAGUCCUUAUUUUGAAAGAACUGCAAUUGUAAUUAUGUGUGCAUAAGUGUCAUAAAAGGCUUUUGCUUUCAUCUAGAUCUCAAAAGUGCUUCCUAUUUUUCUAGAGCCUAAAGGGUCCUCACUGUCAUGGUAGCAGCAUCUACAAACCCAAACCAGUCCUUUCGCAUUUUAAACUCAGAAAAACAUGUCUGUAAAAAGGAAACAAGUAUACCAUAACAUGACUCUCAUGUCGAUGCUUUUUUUUUUUUAUAAGUUUGUUCUUAAACAGGUGUUGUGAAUCAAACAAAGCUAAAAUACUGAUAUUUGGUAAAAUAUACUGUAGUUGUACUAUAUUUUUCUUAAACGUCAUUUCUAGCCAAGAGACGUUUCUUGGUAGUGUUCAAUCUAGAGAAGUGGACCGGGACCAUUUCCCCUCACUGUGUGUCCAUCUUUGCCUCCAAAUGAAGAAAUUGGGAAAAGUCAUACAGAAAGUUUCUAUUUCCAAUAUUUUGUAUUUAUGUUUGAUUUAUGAAUUGGAUGGUCACUGUUUAUUGACAUUGUGAAUAUUGUUGUUAUCAGUAUUAAUAUGCACUAACAACACGGCCCUUAUACUGUGUUUGGAUUUUAUUUAUUGGCUUUUUUUGCAUGAAAGCCACCUUUUCGUUUUUUUUUUUUUUCUGUUUGUGUAAUCAGCCUUAAUUUCUACUACAAUAGUUGAGCACAACAGCAGUCUCAGGGGAAGAGGCAUGUUGAGUACGUGUGUGAGUGAAUGAGGUUAGAGUGUGUGUCUGACUUCAUAUGAGUGUUGAAAUAUAUUUCAAUAAAUUAGAAUAUCAUGGAA